CGCUGUAUUUUACUUAACCUCGAACUCAGAAAUACAGUUUCGCGCCGGUUUAGUUGAAGUUUGGCGCUCUUGCGCACAGUAAAGUAGAUCAUCACUUUUACUCUCUCUAUCUGUCUCAAGUAUGACUUCAUUUUAAAUAAAAAUGGCGACCAUGUUACAUCGUGGUGUGAAUUUUGCGGAAAGUUUAGUACGAAAAAAUGGAAUUAAGAUUUUAUCCGUAGCACCAUGGCAAAACACCCAAACACGAAAGCUCAAUGUCUUGGAGCAUAUAUCCUUCAGCAUUUUGCAGGAAGGUGGCAUACCGACACCUCCAUUUGGUGUGGCAAAAUCAUCAGCUGAAGCAGCUAAAAUAGCUACGGAUUUGAAAACAAAUGACAUUGUACUCAAAGCACAAGUUUUGGCUGGUGGUAGAGGGAAAGGCCAAUUCAAAUCGGGCUUGAAAGGCGGCGUUCGAAUGGUUACAACGCCAGAGCAAGCAGAAAAAAUAUCUUCAAAAAUGAUCAACCAAAUAUUAGUAACUAAGCAAACAGGUGAAAAGGGUCGGAUAUGUAAUUCUGUCAUGGUCACAGAAAGAAAGUUUCCCCGACGAGAAUACUAUUUGGCCGUUAUGAUGGAGCGAGCUUUUUCUGGCCCUGUAAUUAUUGCUUCAUCACAAGGAGGAGUUAAUAUCGAAGAAGUAGCCGCUGAAGAUCCAGAAGCAAUAAUUUAUGAACCAAUUGACAUAAUGAAGGGAAUUACACAUGAACAGAGCAAAAAAAUUGCUUGUGCAAUUGGACUUGAAGAUCAUGCAGAAUAUACCGCAGAAAUUUUAGAGAAAAUGUAUGAUUUGUUUUUAAAGAAAGAUGCACUACUCAUUGAAAUCAAUCCUUUUGCUGAAGAUUCAAAAGAAAUAUCAAGGAAAUCUGAGGAUAUAUUUUUCAGCUUAGACUGCAAAAUGCGCUUUGAUGACAAUGCUCAUUUUCGACAAAAAGAACUUUUUGCCCUAAGAGACUGGACUCAAGAAGAUCCUAAGGAAGUAGAAGCUUCAAAAUUUGAUUUGAAUUAUAUAGCAUUGGAUGGAAAUAUUGGAUGUAUGGUUAAUGGCGCUGGUCUUGCUAUGGCUACUAUGGACAUAAUUAAAUUACAUGGAGGAGACCCAGCAAACUUUUUAGAUGUGGGCGGUGCGGCUACUGCUUCUACAGUCAAAGAAGCUUUCAAGAUUAUCACAACAGAUCCUAAGGUCAGUGCUAUUUUAGUGAAUAUAUUUGGAGGAAUAAUGAGGUGUGAUGUUAUAGCCGAAGGUAUAAUUGCCGCAGCCAAGGAUUUGAACAUGACAAUUCCCAUUGUAGUACGACUACAGGGAACAAAUGUCGAUGAAGCCCGUCGGCUUAUUAAGGAAAGCAAAUUAAAGAUCUUAGCCCAAGAUGAUUUGGAUGAUGCUGCUGCAUUAGUUGUCAGUUUAUCUCAGAUCGUAAAAUUGGCUGCUGAUGCUAAAAUAAAUGUAGAUUUUUCGAUGCCCACUGCCAAAUAAAAUUAAAUUAACCGCAAAGUAUAUAUGUAAUGAGAUAUGCAUAGUAUAUAUUAAUUUUUCUUUUUUUUCACUGCACAUGCAAAGCUAAAUUUAGCCAGCAGAAUGUGUUAUUCAACACAAGUCGUAUUGUUUAGUCGUGUAAUGUCAACAUGUAUUGCCCAUUUUGAUUGGAUUCCUUAAUACAGGAUAUCAGCACCACUUGUUAAGUUUGAAACUCUAGGUAGGAUAUGAUCAUAUUUAUUAUAAUGCACAUUUAUUAUGUUACUAAUGUUCAAAAUGAUUGAUGAUCGAUGAUUGAUAUCAUUGUCAGUAAUAGUACAAGA